UAAAUGCAUCUGAUUUUAAAACGGUUUUCGGUCAGGUGUUUUUGGAAUGUUGAAGUACUUCGUAGUGUGACAAGUAAGGAGUGAGACGACGCAAGAUAUUCAACAGGUAGCACAGAAUUAAGCAAAUUGUGCAAAGCAUUUGUUGGCUGAAGUGAGAAGACUUAUGAUCUAAGAAGAUCCAUAAUUAGGGAGCGAUUUCUUCACCACGUUAUGAAGAGAUAGUAUAUUUUCAGGGAAAACAUGGAGAAGACAGCUGGAAUGUCUGCUCGUAAUGCACCACCAAAUGUAGGUCUUAGAAUGGAAGGAGCAGCAAAAGAUGCGCGGUCCAGCAGCAAGACCUGGACAUUGUCUGAUUUUGAAAUUGGAAGAGCACUGGGAAAAGGAAAGUUUGGAAAUGUUUAUCUUGCUAGGGAAAGAAGUUCAAAAUAUGUAAUUGCACUCAAGGUUCUAUUCAAAUCUCAGCUGGUUAGUGCAAAUGUUGAGCACCAGCUAAGAAGAGAAAUUGAAAUACAGUCACACUUGAGGCAUCCGAACAUUUUGAAACUGUAUGGUUAUUUUCAUGAUGAAGCAAGAGUAUACCUUAUUUUGGAGUAUGCUCCUAAAGGAGAACUUUUCAAAGAGAUAAAAUCACAGCCACAACAAAGGCUGGAUGAAGUAAGAACAGCUAACUACAUAGCACAGUUGGCUGAUGCUCUUCUCUACUGCCAUAAUAAAAAGGUAAUUCACAGGGACAUCAAACCAGAAAACUUACUUAUUGGCAGUAAAGGUGAAUUGAAAAUAGCAGACUUCGGCUGGUCAGUCCACUCACCUCAGUCAAGGAGGACUACUUUAUGUGGAACACUGGAUUAUCUUUCUCCUGAAAUGGUCAAAGGUCAGCCUCAUGAUGAAAAUGUUGACUUGUGGAGUCUUGGAGUACUUUGCUACGAGUGUUUGGUCGGCAAACCACCAUUUGAAUCCUCUACCUACGAUGACACAUACCGCAAAAUAAGCAGAGCCCAGUAUUCAUUGCCACUUUUCAUUUCAAAUGAUGCAAGGGAUCUUAUCGCAAAGCUGCUUGUGGUGGUACCACAAAACCGGUUACCUCUGUCAGAAGUAUUGAAACAUCCAUGGAUUCUUAAAAAUGUGUUUACUCAAAAGAAUGUAAAAUAAGAUGUGCACUGUAAGUGCGACAAAUGGGACACACCAAUCAGUUCCUGUGAACAGUACAGACCGAAUAUUGAUUGGAUGUGUGGCACUGAACCUGUAAUGAAUUACUGUGAUGAGCAGCAAAUUCCUGUUUGUGAUUUAUUGAUUAUGUACUGAAUAACUUUGAAAUUUUUGUCAUUGUUGUUAAUAUUUUUCAUUUUACUACUAUAUAAUUUUAAUUUUGUGAUGUUGUAUGUAUGUUUCCAUGUACUUAAUGAGUCUUCUAUUUUCUGGAUUAGCUUCCUAUGUAAAGAUUUUAACUUUUAUACUAAUGUUUUUUUGUAUUUGUAUUCAUGUAUGCACAUAGAUGUAAGAUAUCGAUGAAAUGUAUAUUUUGUUACAAGUAUUUAUUGAAUUGUGAGUAUGCAAAUGCUGGUUUUAACUU